GCUGCAGUGCAGAAUUUUUCUUGUUUUGAGGUAUAUAUAAUAGAGCUUGGAACCUGACGGAGAAUCUGACAGAGUACCAGCCGCCAUUGACACUUGUCAGAUAUAUAGUCAAGUGUGCGAACUCGUACUUUUGGCCUUCAUUGGAAUCAACUUUGUUCCCAAUAUAUAGUCGAAGCAAAAGACUCAAGUACACCAAAAUGCCUUUAGUGGUACUUCCUGCCCGGGUACCUGACGUCGAGUCAGUGUACGAUAUGUAUUUUGAGGCAUUCAAAGAUGAGCCCAUCACCGAGUUUCUCUAUCCAAGAGGUGUUGAUCGAAAAGCGCACACAGAGGGGACGAAGCAAUGGUGGUCACAUGACACCAUAGGGUACACAAUCAAAUGUUUGGAUACAGACACGGGCAGUAUCGUGGGGAUGGCCACAUGGGAUUUAUUUUUGUGGAAUGGAAAGAACAAUGGAUGGGAACGACCAGAAGGCAUCCCGUGGCUGGAAGGAAAGGAGAGGGAGAGAUGCGAUGGCGUCUUUAACAACAUGUGGGAUAUGAGAGAAAAGCUGUUUGGCAAUCGACAUCCAUAUAUCCACCUCAAUGUUAUAGCUGUGCACCCAGAUCAGCAACGACGGGGAAUCGGACGUAAGCUCGUUCAGUGGGGUAUCGACAUCGCAGACCAACUCCAAUUGCCGAUAUACACAGAAUCAUCCAAACCCGGCCUACGUUUAUAUGAGACAACGGGAUUCGAAACGUUGACACAUGUGAGCCUCGUUCACAAGGAAGAAAUCACCGGUCAACCAGAUGCCGAGGUCCCUCUGGUGGUAAAAUUGCCUUCCAUAGCGAAGGGAUUGAGUUUCAAGGAAUGGAUAGAUGCAGGAUAUCCAGCAGACUACCGCAUUCAUGCGAAUGGAAAUGGGAAAGUUGAAGAGAAAGUCAAUGGUAAUGUCAAUGGCUUGCAACAGGGAGGAGUGGAGGUUUGACGGAGAUGACAUCGAAUUCCAUGGAUGUAAAAGAAAAGAAGUUAAAGGAAAAGGGAUGCGGUGACUGAAGAUUGUAAAAUAAAUGUUAGGAUACCUAGUGGUUAGACUCAAAUUCAACUUAAAUCUUAAAUUUA